UGUUAUUGUGCUAACAGUGUGUCAUCAACUCAUCAGGAACCAGGCUGGGAGCGACCAGCAAAUGUGAAAAAAGAAGAGUACCAGAUCCAUAUUGACAUUUGUUCAGGUGACAGUGGAAGAGAAGUUAUAAAGACUGUUUUCAUGAAGAAGCUGUCACAAAGUUAACACGACAGCGGGACCUGCAAACGGACUCCAGCUGCUAAGCUACGUUGAUCUCCUUUAGCUGGACUGUUAGCACUGCAGGCUAACUGGCUCAGUCCCUGCACACCUGUGUCGAGGAGAGAGAUGUCCUGCAGCUUGUUGGAGUUUUGUCGGCUCCAAGAGCUAAAGACGGUCAGGGACUAUUUGUUCAAGAGUCAGCAAAGUGAGCCAGCGGAGGAGAAAAGUCAAACAGAAAAUGAGCUGUCUUGGGACACCUCUGAUUGGGAGUCGUCAUGGGAGAGUGGUGAAAACAAAGAGGAGGAAGCUUCAUCUUCCAAAACGGUGGAGGAGGAGACCACAGGGCAGAGUGGACCCUGGCUGCAGGACUGUGUGGUGUCUCUGUCACCCUGCUCAGACCUGCUCGUAGUGGCCCGGGAACAAAAGGCGGUCUUCCUCUCAGCUAAGUGGCGUUCAGACGGCAGCGGCAGAGAGGAGAUGACUCUGGCUGUGUCCUGGACUGGAACCCUCAGCACUGACGAAGGAGAGUGUGUGAGCAGCUCUAUCUGUAUACCAUUGGCAAGCCAGAAGAGGAGCUCCACAGGGCGGCCUGACUGGACGUGUGUGGUUGUGGGUUUUACUUCUGGAUACGUCCGUUUCUACACAGAGAGCGGUGUUCUGCUCCUGGCCCAGCUGCUGCAUGAGGAUCCUGUACUGAGGCUCAAAUGUCGCACGUAUGAGGUCCCUCGUCAUCCAGGAGUAACUGAACAGCAUGAAGAGUUGAGCAUCCUCUACCCUGCCGCCCUGGUCACCAUCGAUGGCUUCAGCCUCUUUCAGUCUCUGCGGGCCUGCAGGAACCAGGUUGCAAGAGCUGCAGCAGCAGGAAGUGAUGUGAUCCAGCCUCCUCCUCUGGCCUAUAAGAAGUGGGGUCUGCAGGAAAUGGACACCAUUGUGGACCACAGUAGUGUGGGCGUCAUGACGCUGUGUGUGUUUGACCAGAUGAAAAAUGCGUCCAUUCUUGGGGGGUUCACUGCUUCAGUCAAGGGAAACCCUCCGGCCAUGAGCCAGUAUGUCACAGUGGGAGGUGGGCCAUACACAGGAUUUUUUUAUGCUGUGGAGGGAAGCUCACAGCCUCUGCUCUCUCACGUGGCUCUGGCUGUGGCCAGUAAACUCACCUCAGCACUCUUCAGCGCUGCCAGCGGAUGGUUAGGUUGGCACAAGAAUAAGAACGAAGAAGAGACGGUUCAGAAACAGAAGCCAAAGGUGGAGCCAUCUACACCAUUAGCCAUCAGAUUUGGUCUCCCAGACUCCCGUCGUCAUGGUGAGUCCAUCUGUUUGUCCCCCUGCAACACCCUGGCUGGAGUGACAGAUGAUUUUGGCCGAGUCACACUGCUCGACUUGGCAAGAGGAAUUUCCAUUCGCAUGUGGAAAGGUUACCGAGAUGCUCAGCUGGCUUGGCUGCAGGUUCCAGAGGAAAGAGGUGAACGGGAGUUCUCCCCCUCUGCCUCCCUCCCCAGACGUCACGCUCUCUUCCUGGUCAUCUACGCUCCCCGCAGGGGGAUCCUGGAGGUGUGGGCGAUGCAGCAGGGGCCUCGAGUCGGGGCUUUCACUGUGGGCAAACACUGCAGGCUGCUGUACGCUGGUUACCGUCUGAUGGGGGUGAACAGCGUGACCAGUCAGGGCUGGCAGCUUCACACGCAGCAGGUGUGUCUGCUGGAUCCCAUCACAGGAGCAAUGAGGACAGUAAACAUCCCCUUCCACCUGGCCCUCAGUGACAAGAAGAGUGAGCGAGCCAAAGAUAUGCACCUGUCGAAGAGACUCACAGCUUUACUGAGGAGCAGAGAGGUGGAGCCUGAUAUUUUGGAGACUGAAGCCAAAAACAUGCUGCUGGAUAUCAAACACCCUGCAAUCAAAAAGCAGGCUUUGGAGUCUCUGCUGUCAAACAAGAACGCUCCGGUGUCAUGUCUAAUUAAUGUCACAUCUGCCUUAUAUGACACCCUGAAGCAGCAAGACCAGGAGGAGGUGGAUACAGCAUUACUCCAGCUCUGCUCUUCACAGCUCAAACUGCUUCAGCUCUACACAAACAUCCAGCAGCUGCACUCUGCUGCAGACACAGAGGCCUGCUCUAAAGAUCAGGACUCCCUCGAUGGCAUAGAGGAAGAAUUGAGCCGUGUUGGCCCGACCUUACAACGCUAUGCACAGCUCACCUCCAGACCCAGUGUUUCCUUCGCUCAGGACUCGCCUGACUCACUCCUGCCCGCCCAAGCCUUUCUCUCCCAGAUCGAGUGCACCGAGGACGGGGAGCUGAGGGUGAUCAGAGGGUCUGACACUGAGUGGAAUCAGCUAGGAAACUUCCUGUUCUGGGGUUGUCUAUGUGGAAAGAGCCCGCUCCACAAAGUGUGUGACACACUGCAGCAGGCUGGCAUCAGUCCACAGCAGCUACUGUCUCUGUUGCUGAGUGUGUGGUUGCAGAGAGAGAAAGAGGUGCUACAGAAACCUGGAGAAACUGUCAGGAACCUGCACACACUACUCAUCGCCCUCAGCAGCAUGAAAGGUGCAGUUGAGGAGUCGUGGGACCCUCAGUCUAUCUCCCCCUGGUGGCAGCAAGUUCGCUGUACAUGUAUCCAGUCUCACAAUGCUGCUGCCGCUCUGCUAGCUGCCUUUGUCGCUCACCGCGCGGCUAAGGCUAGCAUCACAAGCCUGGCCGACAGCAAGUUGCAGUCAGAGUGGGAGGCCGUGUCAUUAGAGCUGGAGCAGUGGGUGGUGUGUGUCCACCAGCUGGAGGACGUGUUGGUGCUGCAGACUCUGCUGCUGGUGCCUCCUCCUCAGGGAGCAGCAGGGGGCGCUGCUGCACAGUGCUCCAUCAAACUUUUGCUGGAGGGAGGCACAGGUGGCAUUGCAGACAGUGUGUCAAAGUGGGUGUUCAGGCACAGCUUGGCUGAGCGACUAAAGGAAAUUCUUCCUAAGAGAGAAGACAAAGAGGCGGAUGACAAACCGGAGCAGAAGGAAGAAGAGGAAGUGAAGGAGGAGAAGAGCCAAGAGGAAACAGAUAGGACAGCAGAGCUGUUGGUGGCAGUCUGUCAGCGGUUCCCACACUCUCUCUCACCGGACCUGCUCUUUGCCCACUGCUGCUGGGAAUACGUGGUGCAGUGGAACAAAGAUCCUGAGGAGGGUGGAUAUUUACGCUGGGCUGUGGAACAUUUGAAGCUGGUCUCCAGUCCACACAUCCAACUGGGAAUCUCUGCGAUGAUGUGGAGUACGUUCAUAGUGAAGCGUUUCUCAUCAGCAGCCUACCUCAUUGAGAAGGUGGGGAAAGCACCUAAAGAUCGCUUGUGUCGACGGGAUGUCGGGAUGGGAGACAAAGCCGUGACGUCUUUCCUGGGCUGUUGUGUGCAGCUGCUGCAGAUCCUCAUGGAGGCCGACUCGGCAGUGGAGGAGGUUUCUGCUCCGGAGCUGUCUGUGGAGGAGGCGUGGUGCGGGGCCGAGGGUCCUGCCUCUAUAGCUGAACUGGCCCUGGAGCAGAGAGGGGUCCACUACCCCCUGGUGCAACACCACUGCCUGUUAGCCUCGCUGCUACAUGCUGCUAUGACCUUUGGUGUAAAGGUCAAACCCCUCAGCCUGUUUGACAGUAAGGGAAAGAAUGCUUUCUUCAGAGAUCUGACAACCAUCCAGCUGAUGCCCAGUGGGGACAUGGACCCGGGUCUGGUCUCUCUACGGCAGGAGUUCCUCCUGCGGGUGCUGACCGGCUGGGUGCAGGCCAUAGACGAUCCUUCUAGCUCAGCCUCUGCCUCAGGGUCCCCCCCUCUGCCCUCUAAUGGCCCUAAGGCUGACUGGUGGCCCUCGCUGUGUCAGGAGCUGGGCUCCCUCCUACAGGUCAACCCCGACAUCCUGAAACGACACCUGGUCUGCGAGCUCUACAACCAGGGUCUGGACCCCCGCGCUGAAGAGGUGAUGAUGGAAGUGGAAGAUAAAGAUGUGCUGGGCUCCCAGCUGCUGGUUCUUACUGGUCAGAGGCUGAGCUACUCACUCCUCCACAGCCAGAGCCAGACGCAGCCGGCCAUGGAGCUGCUGGCCCGCCUGCCUCCAACACUCUGCACAUGGCUCAAGGCAAUGGACCCCAGCGAGCUGCGGUGCCCUCUGGUCCCCCUGCCUCAGACCAGCCGGCUGGUCGGUCGUCUGAUUGAGAUCCUGCCAGAGAACCACGCUCAGUACAGCCUGGCUCUGCACCUCCUAGAGGCCGUGGAGGCCCUCACCUCCGAUGACUGACCCUCUGUUGCCAUGGAGAUUUAGUUAUUCAGCUUCUUUAAAUCAGAUAAUUUCAUCCUCACAACAUAAUCAUAGACAGCAUCAGAUGCAUGGACUGGAUACGAUAGGCUUUUAACUCUUUUUAAUCCAUCAGAUGUUCAUGCAUGUAUUGUGAAUAUAGUUUAAUACUGUUGAGUAUCGUGGGAGGAUGUGUGUGUGAGUAGGAGAUGGUUAUUAAGAAAUGGUUUCUCUUCGUCUUCAUCUUCAGUCUGAUCCACUACGUCAGUGUUCAGUUUCCCUAACUUUGUGCCAUAUCAGACUUCUGUUUCUCCUCCUGCUCUCCCUCUAAUGUAACAUAAAGACAAAUGAACCUUAUUUUGUAUUUAUAGACCGUUGUUUAUAAGC